AUUGGAAGAGGAAUGAUUUACACACCUUCCGUUGUCAUUAACGGACUUUAUUUCGACAAGAAGCGUUCUCUGGCGAAUGGACUGGGAGCAACAGCCGGAGCCGUGGGUGCGUUAAUUGGACCCAUGCUGUGUGUGAAGCUAAUCGAGCUUUAUACCUGGCAAGGUACGAUGAUCAGUUUGGCUGGCAUUUACCUACAGAGCGUAGCAGCUGGCGCCCUCUUCCGGGAAAUACCGCAAUCGUCAAAGGACGCGCUGGCCGAGCGCCGCGGCGAGGGCGGCCGUCUCAUGAUGCCGCUUACGGACACGAAGAAGUUCGUACUUCACUGCCUGAAUUAUCUACUGAACUCGUUCAGUGUGAACGUGCUCGUGACGUUCGGUGUGUUGUACGGCGUCCGGCAGGGCUUGAGUCUCUCGCAGGCUGCUCUCAUGAUCACAGUUCUCAACAUCUGCAACGUCGUGCUGCAAUUCGUCGUGUCGUCGCUCGCCGACCGCUCGUGGUUCUUCCGUCGCAUCGUCUUCGUCGUCGCGACCAUCAUCCUCGGCGUCACCUACUUCUUGUUCCUGCUCGCACGCGAACCGUGGUCGUUCACGAUCUGCUGUGUGCUGUACGGGUGCGCCUACGGCGCUAGAGCGAGCCUGGAAACGACGAUGCUGGUGGAUUUGUUCGGCAUACAGAAUCUACCGAUGGUCCAGGCGUUCUACCAUUUUUCCUAUGGUCUAGGAGGUCUCGUCGGACCUCUUGCAGCAGGUGAGUGCUCGCGUACGAUUUGGCUCGCCAGAUGUGUGUUGUCAUGA